AUGAAGAGAUUUUUGAUAAUUGAUCAAACUAGUGCUUCAACAUCAAGCAGCAGUAAUAAAAUUAUGAGGGCUGAUGUCAGUAAUGUAAACACCAAACCAGCCGCCAGUACUUCAGGCCCAGUGUCGAAUUCAAAAUCUACAAAAUUAAGAAGGUAUGACAAAAACUAUUUAUCUCUCGGAUUUACUAAAACUACGAUAAAUGGUGAAGAACGGCCUCAGUGUGUAGUAUGUUUAACUGUAUUAGCAUCUGAUAGUAUGAAACCUAAUAAAUUAAGGAGGCAUUUAGAAACAAAACAUGCUGAACUAGUUAACAAACCUAAGGAAUUUUUUGCUCGGAAGUGUAGCAGCUUUCAAUCUACUCAACAGACAUUUAAAAAAAUGACAACUGUGCCUUCCAAAGCUCUUUUAGCGUCUUUUAAGGUUGCUCAUAGAAUUACCAAAUCUGUUGAUAUUGUUUCUACAAUGUUCGGAGACAAUUUGGCUCAACAACUAAAAUCCAUACCUCUUUCCAAUGACACUGUGUCUCGGCGAAUAUCAGAUAUUUCGGAAGAUCUCAAUGAACAAUUAUUUGAAAAACUAAAAAAUAACGUUUUUGGCCUUCAAGUUGAUGAAGCGACUGAUAAACAUAGGCAAUCUUAUUUAUUGGCUUAUGUUAGAUUUAUUGAUGAUAAGGAUAUAAGAGAAGAAAUACUUUUUUGUGAGCCCUUAACCACUAAUGCUACUGGGAAGUGUAUUUUUGAUAUUAUUGACAAUUUUUUUAAACAACAUGAUAUGCAAUGGCAAAAAUGCGUUGGUUUGUACACGGAUGGAGCCAGGGCUAUGGCAGGCCAGUACAAUGGGCUUCAAGGUUUGGUUAAAGCUGUUGCCCCAAACAUUAAAUGGACCCAUUGCAUCAUUCAUAGAGAGGCUCUAGCUUCAAAAGAUUUGAGCCCCAGCCUAAAUGAAAUUCUUCAAACUGUCGUUAAAACAGUAAAUUUAAUAAAAGCACAGCCACUACAGUCAAGGUUGUUUAAAGUUUUGUGUGAAGAAAUGGGCUCGGAGCAUACAGCACUGCUAUUCCACUCCGAAGCUCGGUGGCUAUCUCGGGGAAAUGUUUAA